UGUAAACACUAAAAUGGGUGACCAGUCAUAUCAAGGGUGGCCAAACAGAAUGGGCCAGCAACCCUUUGCGUUUCCUCGCUUCGACUUUUCAAGACCUCCUCCUCCCAUUCAGGCUCCGAGGCACCAUGUUGUUCCACCCCAAUUUUUCCAUCACCGGCCUCUCGGACUACCGCACACUUCUUCCCGAAAAGAAGGGGAAAAUUCAAAUGAAGACAAUGUUUGGGUCCAACAGUGGCUCAUUAAAAGAAACAAACCUGAGCAGACGACCCAAAAGAGAGAAACUGAGCCCAGAGUGAAGAUAUCAGAAGUGAAAAUGAGGGUGCACAAGUUGGAGGAAAUCAUGAACGAGCUAGAAUUCUUAAAAUCGAGUGAAGAAAGCAGUCAGAGGGUCGCCAGUUUGAAGAAUGAAGCCUUGGAAAUUACCGAGUUUCUUAAGGCAUCGCAGUCACAGAUGGUUUUGUCGGUAAAAAAUCGUGCAAAGAAAAGGAACUUGGAAAAAUUGAGGCGGCAAAAGCGGAGAGCAGAAAAGGAAAAGCUGAUUCUGGAUCGCCAGGCUAAACAUAGACAGAUAGAUGCUUGGCUGCAGCAGCAACAGGAACAAGUAGAAAAAGCUAAAAGGGAAGAAGAAAUGAGGAAGCAAGCUGAUGCUGUGCUCUGUGAAGUUCGGCAGAAGCAGUCUUUUGGCAAGGGAUUUUUGCAGGUGCUGGAGUCCUUGAAGAAGCUUCGUCUCCUUAGAGCGCAGGCAGCUGCAGACAAAAAGCUUUUCCCAACUGAAGAGGAAAAUGAGAGAUUCAAUACUAUGAUUGGAAAACUUGAAGAUUUGUGGCAACUGCAACUGGCGGAGUACGGAAAAGAGGAGCAGACUCUCAGGGUGAUGUUAGAAGAGGAAAAAGUGAAUCACCAGGAAAAGCAGCAGCCCUCCUCGUUUGAAAGGAACCUGAAGCUUUGGCUAAUGGUGCUAUUUGGAAAAGAGAAAGGAUGUGUCUCAGAUUUUGAGUCCUUUCAUCAAAAUGUGAAUGGCCUCGUUAGUAUAAGGCAGUGCUGGGACCAGUUUGUGGUUCCCAGAGAGAACAUUCUGGCCAGUUCAAUUCCUGUUGGCUGGGUUGUACCAAGCAAACCCUCUUCUGAUGAUUGGAAGGAACUUCUUGGGGACUUGGAAAAACAAUAAUUUCUUGCAAUUAAUCUGUAACAACAUUACUAAUGAACUGCUUCAUUUAAAAAGGAAUGAAAUGUUAAAAUUUGAAAUUAA